CCCUCCGCACUGUAGUUUUCACCGCCCGCUAAAAUGAAACUGAUAAUGACAAUCCAAAUCAAGCCAACCCUUCAACUUCGGCAUUCUCCUCUGAUAACUACCCUCUCGCCUUCACUGACUCCUCCAAAAACAAAACUCCUCCGUUUCUUCGCCGCUUUUCGGAGCUCCGUCGCCGCGCCGGCCGCCAUGGACGGAACCAAGUCUAGCGCCGCCGUUUCAUGUUCGGAACAUGUCGUCGGGAUGUGGUUCUCCGUGCCGGAGCUCCGGCUUCGCGACCAUUACUUCACCGUCCCCCUCGACUACUCCCUCGAUCACCGGACUUGCCCUAAGAUCUCGGUUUUCGCUCGCGAGGUCGUAUCAGUUGGCAAAGAAGAAGAAUCACAACCAUAUCUAUUAUACUUGCAAGGUGGGCCAGGUUUUGAGUGCCCUAGACCUACUGAAGCUAGUGGAUGGAUAGGCAAAGCAUGCCAAGACUAUCGUGUAAUAUUGAUGGAUCAGAGAGGAACAGGCCUAUCAACUCCUUUAACUACGUCAUCCAUGUUGCAAAUGAAGUCUGGUGAAGAUUUGGCAGACUACUUAAAACAUUUUCGAGCUGACAAUAUAAUAAAGGAUGCAGAAUUCAUUCGACCACGUCUUGUGCCUGAUGCUGGAACUUGGACUGUUUUGGGGCAGAGCUAUGGUGGUUUUUGUGCUGUUACUUAUCUGAGUUUUGCACCAAAAGGACUGGAACAAGUCCUUAUCACUGGUGGAAUUCCUCCAAUCGGAAGUGGAUGCAAUGCAGAUACUGUGUACAGAACAUGCUUUGAACGGAUAAUUCAUCAGAAUGAAAAGUAUUACAAGAGGUUUCCUCAGGAUAUUGAAAAAGUUCGUGAAGUUGUGAACUAUUUAGCGGAGUCUGAAGGAGGCGGGGUGCCUCUUCCAUCAGGUAGCAUCUUAACCCCAAGGGGACUCCAAACUCUUGGUCUUUCGGGUUUAGGAUCUAGUACUGGUUUUGAGCGCUUGCAUUAUAUGUUUGAGAGGGUCUGGGAUCCUGUAAUAGCUCCAGGAGCAACAAAGCAAAUCAGUUACUACUUCUUGAAUGCAUUUGAGAAGUGGUCGGAUUAUGAUACAAAUCCAAUCUAUGCUCUUCUACAUGAGUCCAUUUACUGUCAGGGUGCUUCAUCACAAUGGUCUGCUCACAGAAUAAGGGCUGCAGAGGGGGUUCAAUUUGAUGCAAUUAAGGCUGCAAAAGAGGGUCGCCCUGUGCUGUUCACGGGAGAGAUGAUAUUUCCAUGGAUGUUCGAAGAAAUUUUUGCCCUGAGGCAUUUCAGAGAUGCUGCUAAUGUAUUAGCAGAAAAGACAGAUUGGCCUCCGCUUUAUGACAUUGCUUCACUAAACACUAAUAAGGUACCUGUUGCAGCCGCUGUGUAUUACGAGGAUAUGUACGUAAACUUCAAGCUGGCAAUGGAGACGGCUUCUCAGAUAGCAGGGAUCAGAUUGUGGAUAACCAACGAGUACAUGCAUUCUGGACUGCGAGAUGCUGGGGGUCAAGUGUUUGAUCAUCUGAUGGGAAUGCUCAAAGGAAAGAAGCCUUUAUUUUGAUGUCCCUUCACAAUUCUCAUUCAUUGUUAGAUUUCAUUGGAGUGUCAUAGAUCCUUAACAUAAUAAAGGUUUCCGGGGUUUAUUUAUUCGUGAAUGAUUCGAUUUGAAGCAUGUUAUGCAACUCUGUUAUCCUCAUUGGAGAACUUCAAUCUAAAAUGAUUGUUGUGCGAAGAAAACAUUCCAAAGUCGUAUUCAAAUGGGUUGGAGAGACUGUAUCUUAACCACCA